UGUAGCUGGCAGCAGCACAAAACUGAAGAGACGUAUCUAACUCACAGCAAAGACAGUCUGGGAAAUAGAGUAAAGGCAGCAAAGGGUUCUGGGAAUGGACCCAUGACAGAAGAAGAGGAGGAAGAGUUCUUGAGCACGCUUGCUAAGCAGGGGGCUGAUCUCAAAACAGAGAAAUCUAUGAAAACAGGAAGAGUCAAAGAAGGGAAACAAAAGGACUCCAAAGCAAAUUCAGGAGUAUCAGUCGACAAGAAGAAGGUUAAAGGAAAGAGCCAGCAGGGACGUGCAGAGUUUGUUGUAGGCAAACCCAGAGAGAAGCCGGUGGAAGAGAAAGCCGAUAAAAGGGCGGCCAGUUUGAAGAGGAAGCCACAAGCUGCAGCUCCGGAAAUCGUCGUGGAGGCAGAGGUGGAGAGGCAGACGCAAGGCACAGCGGACGUCAGCACAGACGGGGAAGAUGUCCCAGACGAACAGAGGCCCGGCACUUCGGAGACACACUGGUCCUUUGUGAUGGCGGACAGUGACCGAGGCUCUGCCAUCUCCCGCCUGAAUGAGGACCCCACUCUCUUGAGCCCUAGAACUGCUUCGAAGGCGUUGCUCUCCACAGGCAUUACUGAAGCACCCCCAAGCUCAGUGUCUCUUGAUGGCUCAGACAUUAAUAGCUGCACACAGGGCGCCAGUCUGGGCAGCGGACGCAGGGAGCAGCACAGAGCCGACAAGGCCGAGCAGCGGCGUCUGGAGGUGGAGCGGAAGAGGCGCGAGAAGGAGGUGGAGAGGAAGCAGCAGCAGGAGAAGGAGGAAAGAGAGGAGAGGAUGAAGCAGGAGCUGGAGGAGCAGCAGCAGCGGCGGGCACAGGAGAUCAGGCUGAAGAGGCAGAGGGAGGAGGAGGAGAGACAGAGGCAGGAGGAAGAGGUGCAGAGCCGGCUGAGGACGGAGCAGGCGCAGCGGGAGAGGGAGCGCAGGAGGCAGGAGGAGCUCCGGCACAGACUGCAGCAGCUCAACAGACGCAGGCUGGAGGAGGAGGCACAGAGAGCAGUGGAAGCUGAGCGCAGGCUGAGGGAAGAGGAAGAGAGGCGGGCGGAGGAGCACAGGCAGCUGCUGGAGAUGGAGGAGGGGGAGAGGCAGGAGUACCUGAGGCGACGGAAGGAGGAAGAGGAGCAGAGGCAGCGCCGGGAAGAGGAGAGACGAAGGCAGGCGGAGGAGCAGGCCAAGAGAGCCCUGGAGGAGGCCAGGUGGCAGGCUGAGAGGUUGGCCAGACAGAGGGCCGCGCUGGAGCAGCAGCUCCGUUUCCGACGGGACCUCCUGACGGAGGCCGAGGGGCUGGAGAGGAUGCAGGACGUCUCCCGGCCCUGGGUCUACUCCUACUUCCAGCUGCUGCAGCUGCUGGGCUUCACAGCCGACGCCCCGGAAGAGGUGUCCGAAGAAAUCUGAAGAGUCGACGUGCCUGAAUAUAGCCGCCUCCUCUCCAUCAUAAAUUCAAGGCCGUUCCAGUCAAGAGGAUCACUGCAUUUCUAACAGAGGAAUAAAGCAACAUGCAAGAUUGAAAACUUCUGUUUUUCUAUAGGAGUGAGCAGGGAAAUGUCUCCUGUAUUCCAAAGCAGAGUCAUGUUGCUGAGAUAUGAUUAAGGAAAGCAGCGACAAUGCAAUGAGAGCUUCUAAUAUUGUUUCAAUAAAUUAUAUC